AUGUUUCUUAAAUUAAUUUUGGUGAAUUUUGUUGUAACUUUUGUAGUUGCACAACUUGGACAAAAGUGUUCGCUUAGCAGUGAUCCUUUAAAUCCAAAUUCCAUUCCAAAUCCAACGAACUGUUCAAAGUUUUUUGCGUGUGGAAGUGGAAUUUAUGUCGGAAUGGAAUGUCCGGCUGGUCUUCAUUUUAAUGCUGUUAAAAAGGUUUGUGAUUGGCCAUCUUUAGCGGGAUGUAGCUUCAAGAUCAACGAACUCCAGGGAAAUGCUAUGAAUGAUGAUGUUGACCAGUCAUUUGUACCGUCGCCUGGUGAGAAAUGUGUGCCAUCACCGAUCAGAAAUAAUCCAAGACUUGCGGGCUAUUACAACGAUUGCAGUAAAUUUCUGAUGUGUGCUGGCAUUUGGAUGUUGAUGAGUUGUCCUCCUGGACUUUUCUUCAGUGUUGAAACUGGACGAUGUGAAUACAACAUCAACACAAAUUGUGCCUUCCCUUCAACGAAAUGUCCAACAAAUGGAAUGAAAUAUGGAGACUCAACAGAUUGUCACAAGUUCUUCAUCUGCGUCAAUGGAACAAUCACAAAUUCAGUUUGUGCUGAUGGAAAGAUUUACAAUCCUUUAAAAGGUGAAUGCGUCGUUGGUCCAAGUUGCAAUCCAUCAACACGUCAACCAAUAAGCGAAAAUCUUCCAAAUUGUUCAUUUGAAAGUGCUUUCUAUCCAAACUAUCAAGAUUGCUCGAAAUUCUUCAUUUGUAAUGGCGGAUCACUCGUCGCACAAUCUUGUCCACCAAAUAAAUUCUUCAGCGUUCAACACAGCAACUGUCAACUAAAAGAAAAUGCAGUUUGUGCUGGUGGAAAACGUAAAAUUGUUAAACAAUAA